GAAAAGAUGAGUGUGUCUGAUCCUAAAAAGGCAUGACAAUUUUCGUCUUCAAAAUCAAUUCAAAAUGCUUUCAAAGUCAAUUCUCUUCCGUAUUUCAAGGAAACUAGGGCCAAAGUUCCUUGCUAGCCCAAGCAGGGGAUCCAAAUCGAAGAAAAUGGACAAAGAGACCAAAGGCAAAUUGAAAGACUUGGUGCCUCCUCCAGAAUUUAUAGAACACAGAGAAAAACUGUGGCAGCAGCUGAAGGCUGAUUAUGAUAAGUGGGUGGCUGCUCAGCCCCAGGGUCCCAUCAAAGUAACCCUCCCUGACGGUAAACAGGUGGACGGGCAGGCCUGGAAAACCACCCCUUACGAGGUCGCCAAAGGCAUCAGCCAAGGUUUGGCUGACAACACUGUUGUGGCAAAGGUGAAUGGAGAACUAUGGGACCUGGACAGGCCUUUUGAGAAAGACUCAACCCUACAAUUGUUAAAGUUUGAUGACAAAGAUGGGGAGUAUGUUUUCUGGCACUCCAGUGCUCACAUACUAGGGGAAGCUAUGGAGAAAUUGUAUGGUGGACAUUUGUGUUAUGGGCCCCCUAUAGAAGAGGGAUUUUAUUACGACAUGUUUUGUGAAAGUGCUGCAGUGUCCAGCAAUGAUUUCAGUAGUAUAGAAGACAAAGUCAAAGGAAUAAUUAAAGAGAAACAACCUUUUGAGAGACUGGAGAUGAAAAAGGAGGAUUUACUUAAAAUGUUUGAUUACAAUAAGUUUAAACAGAGAAUUCUGAAUGAGAAAGUCACCACCCCGACCACCACUGUAUACAAAUGUGGACCAUUAAUUGAUCUGUGUAGAGGACCACACGUAAGACACACAGGAAAAAUCAAGUCUUUCUGUGUCACCAAGAGCUCAGCCACAUAUUGGGAGGGUAAGGCUGAUGCUGAGUCUCUACAGAGAAUAUACGGAAUCUCAUUCCCCGAUCCAAAGCAGCUCAAAGAGUGGAAACAUUUCCAGGAAGAGGCCGCCAAGAGAGACCACAGAAAAAUCGGCAGGGAACAAGAACUUUUCUUUUUCCACGAGCUCAGUCCAGGAAGUUGUUUCUUCUUACCAAAGGGAGCCUAUAUAUACAACACCUUGGUAGACUUUAUCAAGAGUGAGUACAGAAAGCGAGGGUUCCAGGAAGUUGUGUCCCCGAACAUCUACAACUGUAAACUGUGGGAAAGAUCUGGCCACUGGCAACAUUACGCGGAAAACUUGUUUCAGUUUGAUGUUGAAAAGGAAAAGUUUGCUUUGAAGCCAAUGAAUUGUCCAGGACACUGUCUAAUGUUUGAUCAUCGUCAGCGGUCAUGGCGUGAGCUACCCCUCAGGAUGGCUGACUUUGGGGUGUUACAUAGAAAUGAGCUGUCCGGAGCACUCAGUGGGCUCACUCGAGUCCGCAGAUUUCAGCAAGAUGAUGCUCACAUAUUCUGUAUGCCUGAACAGAUCAAGCAAGAAAUGGCCGGAUGCUUAGAUUUCCUUAAGGCUGUGUAUGAUGUGUUUGGUUUCACCUUUAAGUUGUAUCUGUCUACCAGACCAGAGAAAUAUCUCGGGGAAAUCGAGAUGUGGGAUGCAGCAGAAAAGCAACUGUCGGAAAGUUUAGAUGCCUCCGGGUAUAAAUGGGAGCUGAAUCCUGGAGAUGGUGCGUUCUAUGGACCCAAGAUUGACAUUAUCAUUAUGGAUGCCAUGAGGAGGCCCCAUCAAUGUGCCACUAUUCAGCUAGAUUUCCAGUUACCUAUUCGCUUUGAUCUUCAUUAUGUCAGUGGGGGAGAGGAGGGGGAGAAGAAGAGACCAGUCAUCAUACACAGAGCUGUCCUGGGAUCUGUAGAGAGAAUGAUUGCCAUCCUCUGUGAAAACUACGGAGGAAAAUGGCCUUUCUGGUUGUCUCCCAGGCAGUGUAUCGUUAUCCCGGUGGCUCCACCUUUUAAUGAUUACGCUAUUCAGGUUCGAGAUCAGCUACAUAAUGCUGGAUUUAUGUGUGAAGCUGACGUGGAUGAUGGCAACACACUUAACAAAAAAGUCAGGAAUGGACAGUUAGCUCAGUAUAAUUUUAUUCUAGUUGUUGGUGAAAAGGAGUUUGAAAACAAGACAGCCAAUGUACGCACCAGAGGAACAAAGGUACACGGUGAACACAGCAUAGAAGACAUCAUCACAAAAUUCUCCAAAUUCAAGAACUCUCGAUGUGCUGAUGCCGAGGAGAAGUUUGAGUGAACUCCUCCCGAGAUGACAUUAUUUAUUUAUUUCCUGUCACUGUGAUGAACUUGUGUCGCUGUUUUGUUAAAAUCAUGAUAAAAGCAAUAGUAGUGCUUGUUACAUCCAAAAUAAAAA